AUGACCGGCGUGGAGGCCCCCGUGGACCCGCCAGCGUACAACGACGACGGCCUGCCGGACUAUGGAGACUUGUCGUCCGCAGUGCCCUCGCUCUCAUCUGGUGACGACAACGACUUUGCGGAUGUGGGCAAGAGGGCUCUCACAUGGGCCAACGGCGCCUGCGUCCUGGACAGGGUCGUCCGUGGCCGGCCGCUUUGGCUGAAUAUCAAGCACGCGUUAAAAUUCGGGGCCAGGCCGAAGCUCCCCUGCCUUCCGCAAUAUCAGUGCCGGAACUCGGGGGACAAGUGUGCACACAUCUACGACACGGAGGCUGGGACAUCGCAGGUUCAAUGCGCUGGCCUUUAA